AUGAGCGCAGAGGCGCAACUUAGCGGUGAUAACUCCAUUACCGUUAGUACUGAAGACGAGAGAAUGGAGUAUAUGACUUCUAGUGAUUCACAAGACGCACUAUCUAUUCCUUCAGAUUCUGCAACAUCCUGCAGCUCUCCGAAGUCAAAAGAAGGAGGCGAAUCAAUCUUUUCUUUUAUGAUGCAUCGAAAGCGAGACAAACGCUCCUUUCGAGAGAGAUACACCCGUUUUAUGAAGGAACUAAGCUCCAAACAAACUGUCGAAGUUGUGACUCCUACACUCUCCUGGAGAGUUUCAACAAAUAGUAGCAAGUCCGCUCCGAAUGUUUAUGUGGCCAAAGUCCUCUACCAUCCCUCCAUUCAUGGUUAUUCGCCUCUGCUUUCAGGAAUUUCUUAUAAACGUAAACUCGCUUAUGUUCCUAAAGCAUCUGUGUAUCAAGGGAGUGUGGUUUCUCAGUCUCUGCCCAUUUCCCAAUUCUAACUCACUGGUUUUAUUACUGUAUUGUGUCUAUGU